CCAGAUCUGCAAGUUCAUUCAGCUUCAGUGUCUGAGUGACUGCUGCGCUCACGACCUCAAAAAUGAUCCUCUUUCUGGUUAUUCUGACUUUAUUAGUUGGAUAUUUUAUUUUUCAUAGGAUUUUUGUUCAUAGGAAGACCUUCACCGGCACUGCCAAACUACAUGGGAAGACCGUCAUUGUAACUGGUGGGAACACUGGCAUUGGGAAAGCGACUGCGUCUGCGAUGGCAGCGAGAGGAGGCCGAGUGAUUCUGGCCUGUCGAAGCAAACAGAGAGGAGAAGAAGCAGCUCGAGAGAUCAGGAUGGAAACUGGAAAUGAGAAUGUGAUCUUCAUGCAACUGGAUCUUGCAAGUCAGAAAUCAAUCUGCUUUUUUGCUGAAAACUUCCUGAAGGCCGAGCGCAGACUGGACCUGCUUAUUAAUAACGCAGCACUGGCGGCUCCAGGACGCACUGAAGAUGGCCUUGGGAUGAUCCUGGGUGUCAAUCAUAUCGGCCCGUUCCUGCUGACCAAUCUCCUGCUGGACCGUCUCAAGGAGUGUGCGCCGAGCAGGGUGGUCAACGUGUCGUCCUGCGGUCACGAUCUGGGCACUAUUGACUUCGACUGCAUCAACACACACAAGUCGCUCGCUCUGGGAUCAUCCGACGCUGAUCUGUUCAGGGCCUACACUCACAGCAAGCUCUGUAAUGUGCUCUUCACCCAUCAACUGGCCAAGAGACUGGAGGGAACCAACGUCACAUGCUACAGCCUUCAUCCAGGGUCGGUAAAUUCAGAGCUCGGCCGUGACAUCAAUGAAUGGAAAACGCGUAUUCUCAAAGCCAUUGUAAGAAGGUUUGGUGCGACGGACCCGGUGUCGGGGGCUCAGACGACGCUGUACUGCGCUCUGCAAGAGGACAUCGAACACCUGAGCGGACGAUACUUCUCCGACUGUCAGCUGGUGCAAGUCAAGCCCGAGGCCAGAGAUGAUGGCAUCGCCAAAAAACUGUGGGACGUCAGCGAGAAGUUUUGUGGCAUGAUUUGAACACACAGACAACACUGUACACUUUGCUGUGAAAUAUGUACUGUACUAUUUUUUUGUUGUUGCCGUUUCUCUUUUGGUAUAUAGUCAAGUCUCCUUCAUUUAUACAGCGCUUUUAACAAUAUAGAUCGUUUCAAAGGAGCUUUACAGUGAUAAUAGGAGAUUACAGUAACAGAGAGUGUUUUGGCUUUACAGCAGCUCUAGAAUAAAGUUAUUGUCCAGAUAAAGUUAGUUUUGAUUGAUUCACUUCCG